GAGCUGAAACUAUUGACUGACCAUAGAGCACGACGGAACCAACGGCAUUAGAAUUAACGUUUUCGAAGCAUUUUUUUUUUAAACGAUGGUGCUAGCGGGAACGUCGAAGAAGUAUUUUGCGUGGAUAUUCCUGAUUUGGACGUGUGGAGAACACGGCUGUGUUGGUUUUUUACAGUCAAUGAUUUCAGAGGGACGCCCCUGUCAAGCGCCGACUCUGGACGGAGGUUAUAUCGUUCCUGAACAGGACAUAUAUUCGCAUGGGGCAACGUUGUCGUUCGCGUGUGAAAAGGGACUCAAACCGGCGACGCAAGGUUGGUGGGCAACCACCACGUGUCUGGAUGGCAAAUGGGCCACUCAGCCGCAAUGUAUUGAUAUCAACAACUGCAUUCCACCAUUUAUCCCGAAUGGAAAAUUCACUUGGAGCGCCUCGGGUUGGUACGAAAAUGGUUUCGUGAUCAGGGUCAAAUGCGAUGCCGGAUAUUCCUACAAAAAUUAUGACGCGACAGCUUCAUGUGUCAAUGGAACAUGGCUCUCCGUACCAACCUGCGAGCGAAGCCAGCAGGCGUGCGACGCGCCUCCUAAAAUUCCCCAUGCGGUCAUCAUCAAUAACCCUCACCAAGAUGUUUACGCUUCCGAUACGGAAUUACUCUUUGAGUGUGAAGAUGGCUUUACUGUGGAGGGAACGCAAAAAAAGGCCAUUUUUUGCAUCUUUGGAACGUGGUCGCCAGCUCCACCCUGUGUAAAAGGAAUAAAGCCAACUCCAGGUGGUUCAACAGCAUCUACCGGCAGUGGGACAAUCCCUUCGAGUGGAGGGAGAAGACCCGGUAGUGGUUCUGGAAAUGGUGGGCGGGAUCAUGCAGGAACAUCAACCGGAACCUCUUCCACUCAUCCACAAGUUACUACAAUUGACAGGUGUGGAGACACUCCCGUUGUCGCUGAUGGCGAGAUCAUGAAAAGGACCAGCAGGUUUUUGAAAUACCAAUGCGGCAGUUUCUAUAAACGAGUCGGUCCGGAGAAAGUGGUCUGCUACGCUAACGGCCAGUGGUCCGCCACGCCUACUUGCAAAGCAACCUAUUGUUCCGUGGAUCAACACCCCAGGUUAAAAUUCGACGGCGUGAAAUUCCUAACCGAUGGCGAGACGGUGGAACUGGAGUGUGUGAACCCGGGCCACUGGCUGACGACUCAUUAUUCGGUGGUGCGGUGCAAUAAUGGAAGAAUAAUAUUAGGCAAAUGCUGCAACUGGUGGGAACGGAAGUUUAGUUCGUGCUAGCAGGUCAAGACGGAGGACCCAUCUGACAACAGCUGUUUUAAUUAAGAUCUUUACGAAUACCUUGUAAUAAUCAUCACAAAUAGUGUAAUAUUUCGUAGUAAAUAAAACCUGGACAGAAAUGAAUAAUA